CAUGGCGAAUCUCAAGCUGCCGUGCUGUGGCCUCUUUGGUGGUCUGCUUGGCUACCUCUUCCAAAGCAACACCGUACCAGACAAUGCGCCGUCGUCUGCGCACUACCGCCCCCCUCUCCUUACCAACUGGCACCCGUAUACAACCCCUCUUGUCCAACCCGAUAUCAUCGACAUGCGUGGAGGUGGCCAUCUCGACAUGUACGUCGGCGAAGUCUUGCACGCGUGGGGUGGCGGCGCACCGUCCGGGACAGUGUAUGGCUUUGGAAGGGAAGGCUCAGCUCCUUCGUUUCCAGGUCCGACCAUCCUAACCGCGCGGAAUGUCCCCAUCUCCGUCACAUGGACCAAUCGCCUGGGCACGGCGCCUCACUUGCUCCACCGCAACACUGAGCCGUCGUUCCUCGUGGAAGCGUCCGCGUGCUACCCGACAUGCGGCGUGCCGAUGUCUGUGCACAUUCAUGGGCUGGAGAACCCGCCAAAGUAUGACGGCUUGCCCACCCACACGUUUUACCACAACACAACCUUCAAGGCCGAGUACGCGAACCGCCAGUUUCCGUCCACAAAAGUCUACCACGAUCACGCGUGGGGCCUGUCGCCUUUAAAUAUGUGGGCGGGUAUGGUCGGUUUGUACGCCGUGCAAGACGCGGAAUUGGAAUCGAAAUUCCAUCUAACCACGCUCCCAGACAUGACGUUCAUCCUCCAAGACAAGCUCAUCAGUGCCGACGGCGCGUUGCUGUACACUGAAAAACUCACGUGCCACCCCGUCGCGCCUACAAAAUGGGUCCCCGAAGCAUAUGGCAGUGUCAACACAGUGAAUGGCGUCGUGAUGCCUCUCGCGACAAUCAAAGCCAGCCGCGUCCGCUUUCGAUGGGCCAACGUCGCCAAUGCACGGACGUACACGCUGACAUUGCCGUUUGCCCAUCUGUGCAAAGUGAUUGUCACCGACAGCGGGUUCGUCCAGCGGCCGAGCGCCGUGCCAGCGACGGACUGGACGUUGAAUCCGCUCGAGCGCGUCGAGAUGGUGUGCGAUUUUACCUCUGUCCCCCCCGGCACGACGUUUGAUAUUGUCGACAAGCCAUUUCAAGAAAGCGCGUACGUGUACGACGGGAGAAUCAUGCGGGUGCAAAUUGAGCAAGCGGCUCCAGAAGAGCAACACCAAGUCAGCCACGUUCCAGACACGCUCGUGGCGUGGAAAUCCUUGCGGCAGCUGCAUAUCGACACGUUGGGGAUGACCAGACAGGUCACAUUGGGCGAGCUCAUGGAUGGCCAUGGCUGCUCGACGCACUUGUAUUUAAAAGAGCACGGUAUGGUAAAAGACACGACCACGAUCAAAAGCACUUUGCACUGCACACUCGGCAAAGUGGAAAAAUGGGAGUUUAUCAACCCGACCGCAGACCCCCAUCCGUUCCACUGGCACCUAGUGAACGCCCAGUGCGGCGAAACCGAAGCCACGAUCAACACGAACGAGCUCAAGGACGUGGUGGCCAUCCCAGCGCGCUCGGACGGCGGCGUCGCGCUCGUGUGCUACGUGGCGUGCACGCCGGACGAGUUCCUGGCUGUCCAUAGCACCCGACCCGCGCACUCGUUUGGGUUCGACGUCCUUGAGGAUCCAUACUUGGCACAUUGCCACAUCAUGGAGCAUGGCGAGAAUCAGAUGAUGGCGUGGUUUCAACUCACGGCCAAUGAUGUGGACAACUGAUAUUGACCACGGUGCUAUAAGUAGUAUGUGUAUAUAUCAAUCGUCGUCGACCAUGCUACAGUACUACUUGCUGUAGUAUUGAUGAUAAAACACUCUUGAAGUACUUGGAUGAUCUACUA